GGUGGCCUCAGUGCCCACGCCCCUCCGGCUGCUGCCCAGCUAUGGCCAAUCUGCUCCGGGCCGCGGCGACCUGGGGGCUGUUCCCCUGGAGGGGCUACUGCUCCAGGGGGACGCAGGGUGAGCUCAGCAAGGGCUUUGUGGAGGCUCUGAAGGCGGUUGUGGGGAGCUCCCAUGUGUCCACCGCUGUCGCCGUCCGCGAGCAGCAUGGUCACGACGAGUCCAUGCACAGGUGCCAACCUCCAGACGCCGUGGUGUGGCCCCAGAAUGUGGAGCAGGUCAGCCAGCUGGCCGCCCUGUGCUACAGCCAAGGAGUGCCCAUCAUCCCAUUUGGCACGGGCACUGGGCUUGAGGGUGGAGUCUGUGCGGUGCAGGGCGGUGUCUGCAUCAACCUGACCCACAUGGACAAAAUCCUGGAGCUGAAUCUGGAAGACUUCUCUGUGGUGGUGGAGCCAGGCGUCACCCGCAAAGCUCUCAACACCCAUCUGCGGGACAGCGGCCUCUGGUUUCCUGUGGACCCAGGUGCAGAUGCCUCUCUCUGUGGCAUGGUGGCCACUGGGGCCUCGGGCACCAAUGCCGUGCGCUAUGGCACCAUGCGGGAGAAUGUGCUGAACCUGGAGGUGGUGCUGCCUGGCGGUGAGCUGCUUCAUACCGCAGGCCUAGGCCGUCAUUUCCGGAAGAGCGCAGCUGGCUACAACCUCACAGGGCUCUUUGUGGGCUCUGAGGGGACACUAGGACUCAUCACAGCUGCCACUCUGCGUCUGCAUCCUGCCCCUGAGGCCACAGUGGUCGCCACCUGUGCAUUCCCCAGUGUCCAGGCAGCCGUGGACAGCACUGUUCACAUCCUCCAGGCUGCGGUGCCCGUGGCCCGCAUUGAGUUUCUGGAUGAAGUCACGAUGGAUGCCUGCAACAAGCACAGCCAGCUGAACUGCUCCGUGGCGCCCACUCUCUUCCUCGAGUUCCAUGGUUCUGAGCAGGUCCUGGCCGAGCAGCUACAGCGAGCAGAGGAGAUCACCCAGGACAAUGGAGCCUUCCACUUCUCGUCGGCCAAGGAGGCUGAGGAGCGCAGCCGGCUCUGGGCAGCGCGGCACAGUGCCUGGUACGCAGUGCUGGCCCUGCGGCCGGGCUACAAGGGCUAUUCCACCGACGUGUGUGUGCCCAUCUCCCGGCUGCCAGAGAUCCUGGUGCAGACCAAGGAGGACCUGAAGGCCCAGGGACUCACAGGAGCCAUCCUUGGACACGUGGGUGAUGGCAAUUUCCACUGCCUCCUGCUGGUGGACCCAGAGGACCCCGAGGAGCUCCACAGGGUCAUGGCCUUUUCAGAACUGCUGGGCAGGCGGGCACUGGCACUCCAUGGGACAUGUACUGGGGAACAUGGCAUUGGGCUGGGCAAGCGCCAGCUGCUACAGGAGGAGGUAGGUGCCGUGGGCAUGGAGACCAUGCGGCGGCUGAAGGCCAUGCUGGAUCCCCGAGGCCUCAUGAACCCAGGCAAGGUGCUGUGAGGGCCUGAAAGCACUUGGCCCACAAGCCCCCAGACAGUGGAACCUCCUGUUCUGGAACCUUUCUUCUUGCCACAGAACAGUUCCGCCUCCACCCAGAACUGCAGGGGGCUUGCCUGCCUUCCCCUUGAUCUGAGCCUCGCUGCUGCUGGGGGCCAGCUCCCUUAGCCUGACUCCACGUGCCUGGUGACAGGAACACUCCUUUCCUGGCGUGGGAAGGGAUCCCCCACUCUACGUUGAUAGGCUUCCCUGGGCCCCUAAAGCAAACCAGAGUCCCAUUUGCAGCAGUGUGGAGAUGAGCAGGCAGCCCCUAUGCAUGGCCUCCUGUGCCCGCCUACCCCCCCCCCCCCCCCCCCCCCCCCCCCGUCAGGUUCUCUGUCCUGUGGCCAGUGAUAUCCUCAGCCCUCAUUCUGGGCCUGUCCUUGGACUUACUGCAGCCUGGGGAGGGGAUGGUGCUUAGGCUACAGAAGGUUGCUUUCAGGGACCCAGGUCCCUGUCCCAACUGCUGUUUGUGAGAAGCCGAGAGCCCGAGGAUUUGCCCAUGGUCACCAUGAGCCUGGACCGGGCCCAAGAACAUUCUGAACAUGUUCUUCAAGCGGCUGUUGCCAAUCAAUGGAAAUGGAAGUGAAAUUAUUCUGCUUGUAUUAUACUUCUCUAUGGUGUGGUGUAUUACAUUACUAGCUUCCCCCCACCCCCAAAGUCAGAUCUGCCCACCCUGGGGAUUCCUGGUGAGACCACUCAGUCCGUGUACUUCAGUUGUUCCCAAGCCCACAAGAGGGCGCCCACCACCAUGGCAUCUGCUCUGGGCAGAGGCACCCAGGACUCCCCUGUCCAGGGCCUACAGCUCUCUGCCCUGGGUACCCCUACUUCCCCAGGUUGAGGUGGGGGGAGGCUUGGUGUCCCAGAAGCCAAUCUCUAAAUCCCAUCCCAGGAGCCUAUCAUGUGGGCCCAUCUCCCUCACCCCCUUGGACUUGGCCUCUGAAUAAAGAUGAGCAAAGCAGGGAAACCAGUGGGACUCUCCAUCUCACCUCACCCCUACUCUCCUGAGCCACCACUGAGCUCCUUCCCUGCCUCCACCCCACAGGCCCCUCCCACCUUUCCCCAUCAGCUGUCUAGGCUCUGGGCAGAGGCCGCCCUUCUGGGACUCCUCAGCCCAGCAUGAUUCUCAGAAGCCCCUCCUCACUGGACUGAGCCCCAUUUGCUCCUCCGUGACAUUUCUAGCCCUGGGCUGUGAGCACUGUGCCGAGGGCUGGUGUGGGGGCAAGCCUCAUUGCCUCUCCCCAAACCACCCCGGUACAGGAACUACCUAAGUGUUAGCUGCAUGCGUUCUGGAUAAACAGCUCUCUAGUACCCACCCCCACCCCCCCGCCCUGCAAAUGGACUGCCUCACCCCCAAGCCCAGGGGAGAAGCCUGCAAUGGAGGCUUCUCCCCUUACUGGGCAGAGAUCUACUUUGAUGAAAGAACAAACACACUGUUCACUGAAAUACCAGCCCCUGAAGAUUCAAGUGACUAUUUUUGCCUUAUUUUCUUUGUGUGUGUACUUUCUGGAGAGCCAUCUGGAGUGGAGUUACACACUUCUUGGCACCAUUUACCUGCAGAAUUCAGCACCUAUCUCCUAAGCAUAAGGACCUUCUCUUAAAAACCUCAACACCGUUGAAGGGCUACUAGAUGGUCUUAGUAAGGUGCAACUGCCCGGGAAGCCCCCCUCCCCCCUCCAAAGCAUGCUGAGCCCUUAGCAGAGAGAGGGGGAUGGAAGUCACCUUGAGAUUCCAGCUGACUCCCUGCCCGCCCAGAAAGAGAGACAGCGAGACAGCGGCCAGGAAGGAGCAUGACAGAGACCAGGCCUACCUGGGAAGCUGGGACUAGCCUGUUCCACCCCCGCCCGAGGGGCCUGCAAUCCGGGUGAAUUGCGGAGGCCAGCGCAGCCAGCAGAGGGCUGCCAUGUGCCGGGUGGGAGUGGAAGUCACUGGGGGGUGGGGACAGGCACCAGCCCCGGGAGCCUGGAAUAGGGCCCGCCCGGCGUGGGCUCCAGCCUGCCCCACUGGGUCACGACCGACCGUUUGGCUCACCCAGGGCCAAGCCACCAAGGUGGUCAUAAAGGCCUCUGCCUACAGGCCCAGGGGUCAGGCAAGAAGAUCUUCGGGGCCGGCUUUGCUGGAGGAAUUAAAUUUAGAACAGGGAGACACAGUUGCCAGGCAGAAGCGGGAGGUGCUGUGAAGAGAACAGUGUCUUCUGCGAUGACAGAGCUAUGAGGGAGCCUGCUACGCAUGUGCCAGGGGCUUCCGGGCACAUUCUCUGACCCUCACGUUCACCUCCCAGCUGUGUGACUGUCCCCACUCACAUGUGAUUGAAACUGAAGUUCAGAAGAACAAAGUUGUUUCUCUGAGAUCAUUCUGCCCAACAGAGGAGCCCACACGCAGACCGUUUAGAGCUCAUGUUCUUGUCACCGUAGCGAGGGUCGGUCCCCGGGGUCCCCACCAUGAUGCUAAGGCCCAGGCUCAGACCCACAAGGUCUUCUUCGGCAUUUCCGAAUGUGCUGAGCGUGCCUGUGCCCCAGUUCACGUUUGCCCCCUGGCCCGCAAGGCCCCUGCCCAGAGUAGGUGCUUUAGGAAGCAUCUGACAGAUGUUGGACAGCCCGCCGAGCACAAGAGGGGCCCGAGGAGGGGUUGGAGCAGAGAAGCUUGAGGCAUCUCCCUCUGGAGUUUUCCUUCACAGGCUCUGCAGGAGGCUCCGGAAUGCUGCUCCAGGAGCUGGUCUGGCCCGGGGACAGAGGCUGGGCAUGCGCCACUCCCCCUGCCCUGAGCUUCCCGCCCGGCUUUAGGUGUGCCAACUCUUGUGAGCCCUGAGUGGCUGGUUCCAGUUCAAGGGCUCUGAGCUGGCUCGGCCCCAAACAGGGCCUCUUUCUGGGCCUCAAUGAAGCAUGCCCAUGAGUCAGC